UGUUGCAUUCGCAGAUUCGACCAAAAGCGUCCACUGACCAGCAGGCCGUAUUCCAAUGCCCGAUACCCGAGCCUCUCGAAACAGCCUGAAAUAUACGACUCGAGCAGCAGAGCCAGUCUCCAUAGGCUCCACCAUUUGGCAACCACGGCCCGGAAUCGGCGACCCCUGGAAUUCCAGGGUUACGGGGACCAAUUCGUCACGUAUGACGACAGUGACGAUGCUGACACCUUGGCUGGAAUCUCUUCCAUAUCGCAACAAGACCAGGAUUCGCAGUAUGUUGAACAGGGCUCUCCUAGAACCCUUUAUGUCGGCAGACAUGGAGAGUAUUUGACGCAGGACUCGAAUUCUGGGGUUGGACGAAUUAGUUCUGGAUAUUCCGACUCAGGAUCUCUUUCCAUGAGAAAACACACCCCAGAAGAAUCUUUUGAAGCCGAACCACAAGCAGUGCGAUUUCAGCACAAAUACCCUCGCUACGACGUCGAGACUGGCCGAAAAUUCAGCUACUUCCCACCAGCAGGAUACCCGGAAAUGGCGGAAGAAAACCUAUUUUCUGCGGAAAUGCCCCAGCAGGAGACCCAACUGUAUCCCGUGGAGCCCUGGAUGAGAACCAACUUUCUCCAAACCCGGCAAAUGCCCGCGGAUCCGGAUCCAUCAGCACAAGAGGACAAGUUGAAUAAAAAUGCAUCAUCGAAUCUUGACAGAACGCAGAAAAUAAUUUCUUCUUCGAAAUCUGAAAAACCGUCGUCAGCAGCUGCUGUGAAAUCAGAAGGGAAAUCUGUUAGGAGGAAAAGAUCGACAAUAAGAGACACGUUGUCGGCAUCAUUUCCGUCGAAUUCUUCGGACGCCAAGAAAUUGCUGACGGAUUUGGUUCAGCAGUUUUUCGAUACAUUUGCCAAUAAGAUUCCAUCAGCUUCAUCAACUAUUCAACCCCAUGUUUUGAGUAAUGAUACGAAUUCUGAGCCGAAAACCCAGGAGGAAACCCAUGCGGGUCAUAGUCAUCAUCACAGCACUGAUCACGUGAUUCAUGAAGCCAUUUUCAAGCCCUUUCAUGAAUUCAAAGAGCACCAGAGUGAAGACAACAAUGAAACAAAGGCGGAGAAAAAAGCGAUGCUUGAGCAAUUGCAAAAGAAAUCCGAGGACAUUUUACAUCACUUGAGUAAAAACGACCAAGGAAUGGACAAACAUCAAGCCUUUCAACACAUCGCCAACUACAAUAAAACCAAGGUUUUAUGCAAUCCCGGGUCGGACAGGAAGUGCGAAGUCAAGUUUUUCACUUUCUGCGCGGACCCGUUCGUACCCAAGAUCGGGUUCCGGAUGAUACUGUUCAACAAGUACCGGUCUGAACCUAGAAUGAAUAACAUUCGGCAUUUGGGAUGUUUCAAGGACAGAGACCGACACAAUAUGCUGGUUGACAUUGUGUUUUUUGAAAACACAAAUUCUCCUCAUACAUGUAUCGCAAUGUGUCAAAAACUUGGAUACCAAUUCGCUGCGCUCGAACAUGGAUUUGAGUGUUGGUGUCAGCAAAGAGUGCCAAAUUUCGACGAUAGGACAGAUCAGCGUGAAUGUGACGCCAAUUGCCCCGGGGGACCAUGGAAAACAUGCGGUGGAAACGAAACUAUCGACAUUUACGACACCGGGAUUCAUUUCGGCACUGCCGCUCCAAGACACGCAUUUAUUGGUUGCGUUCAGGACAAGUUAAUUGACCAAGAGACUUGGCCAGCGAGGAUUUAUAACGGAAGAGGCAUCACAGACAUGGAUUGCAUUUCUUUGUGCAAAUUGGACGAUUACCGAUUGUUUGGCCUUGAUCACAGCCACAUGAAAUGUUUUUGUGGAUCCCAUUUGCCUGCCAACAUUAUUCGUGUCGGUGAAAAAAUAGACGAUCAUCCCAAGUCGGGACACCUGCGAAAUUUGCGCGUGGAUGUGGACAACAGGUGCCUGGGGAAAAAGAACUAUGUGCAAAUAUUCGGCCUGAGUUACGCCGAUGACGACAUCGAGCACGCCAUUGAAAAGUCCUUGCGAAUUUCCCGUCAACGCAGUCCAUUCAGCACGACGAAUCCCUUCAACAAUCCAAUGCUGACACUGCUGUCACCUUUCGACAUAGUCGACAGGAUCCUUCGUCCGGAUUUCACGUGGGAAAUCACGGAAAAUGGCGGGAAUUUGGGCGAUUUUCUGGGCAUCAAGAGCAGAAAGCGGAGGUUCAAGAGGGGCCCAGAUUUGGCGCAAGUGGACGAGAAGUUUGAACACAUUGUCCCGAUUUUGCGAUGGGAUUGUGCUUCUGUGAAUGAGGAUUUCAACCAAAGUGGCACAUUUCAGCUGAAGGAUUUCAGUAUUGACGGAGCGACUUUCGUCACGGAAAGAUUAGUGGACUUCAAUUACACGUCAGGAGCAGUGUGUAGGCUGUAUGAGCACAAAUUGCACGCCGAUCAAAACCCAGAAAAAUACGCCUUGUUUGCCAAUUGCCCGGCCCCACCUAUGCCAGUGGCUGAUUUGUCAAUUUGCCAAAACUCAUCAGAUGACGACAGUCUUCCUCCUAAUCUUGGAGACAAUGGUUUGAAUCAACAAUUUUCAAUGCUGGUGAAUUGGACUCGUCCGUAUGACCGAGCUGGUGUUCCAGUGACAAGUUUUGAGCUUGAUUGCCAUUCUGAAAAUGGGGUCAAAUGCAGCAUUUCUGCAUCGACAGCGGAAAUAGUUUCACAAACAGGAGUGCACACAGUCACUGUGGAUUCUCACAAUGGAGAAAGUAGGUGCCUGUGUUCAAUUCGAAGUCAUGCCAAUGGUCUUUGGUCACCUUGGAGUCCCAGUGCCCCAGAAAUUUGCGUACGGUCCGAAACCCGGAAUUGGACAGUGACUAUGGAUGGAUACCGAUACUUGCAUCCAGAUGAAGGAGCUUCGGGAUCAAUAUUUCGAGAUGUCUUUUACUAUGCUGGAAUUGCAGUGGCUUUGGCGAUUGCGAUCGGAAUUUCAGCUGCUUUGGCUUUUUCUGCAGUCAAGCGUUUCAAGAAAAGACUCGCGGACGAUUCAAGCGCUUUGUUUGCUACUUCUAUUUGACUUGCUUCAUAAUUUGAAAAACCAAUAAUUGAAUUUUCUCCAAGUCUUUGCAUAAAUGAUGCAUCAUGCUAAUCUUCGGGAUGACGUGUGAAUAAAAUGCGAUCGAAAAAAAAUCAA